AUGAAAGUUUACCUGGCACUUGCCACACUCUUCUGGACACGACGGACUGCAUUCCAGUCGUUUUUUACAAUCCGUCCUGCCUCAUGGCGCGUUUCCGCGCCAGGUCAGUCACGUUUCGCACGGCCAAGGCUUCAACGCGUCAGGUGCUUGUCCAGCAAUAUGCACAGACGGCCUCGGACUGCCCCCGCAUUCUCACCACAUUCCGGAAAUGUUCAAGCUUCCAGCACGUGUAUAGUGAGGAAGAAUGGUUUGUCAGCCUGGCCUGUUUUCGGCGAAGAUGGGCAGCAUGAUGUGCCGGCAGCAGCGCCAGCAGAUAUGGGACCAUUUCUUGCAGUCUCAGCGGGCCUUUCUGGUUUCGUUGCAGAACACACUUGUGCAGUGCUUUCAGAUGGUCAGCUCGUCUGCUUUGGAAGCAGCGAAAGUGGGGAAUGUGACGUGCCAGCAGAUUUGGGACCAGUUUGUGCAGUCUCAGCGGGCAGAGCGCAUACUUGUGCAGUGCGGAUGGAUGGUUAUCUCGUCUGCUUUGGAAGCAACAAACUUGGAGACAGCACAUACGGGCAAUGUGACGUGCCCGCAGAUUUGGGACAAGUUUUGGCAGUCUCAGCGGGUCGAGCACAUACUUGUGCAGUGCGCGCAGAUGGUCAGCUGGUCUGCUUUGGAGACAACGAAAGUGGGCAAUGUGACGUGCCCGCAGAUUUGGGACCAGCUUUGCAAGUCUCAUCGCGCAAGGCACAUACUUGUGCAGUGAAUGCACAUGGUCAACUCGUCUGCUUUGGAAACAACCGCUAUAGGCAAUGUGACGUGCCAGCAGAUUUGGGACCAGUUUGGGCAGUUUCAGCAGGCGCUUAUCAUACUUGCGCAGUCCGUGCAGAUGGUCAGCUGGUCUGUUUUGGAGACAACAAAUAUGGGCAAUGUCACGUGCCCGCAGACUUGGGACCAGUUUUGGCAGUCUCAGCGGGCCGUUAUCAUACUUGUGCACUGCGUGCAGAUGGUCAGCUGGUCUGUUUUGGAGACAACAGAUAUGGGCAAUGUCACGUGCCCGCAGAUUUGGGACCAGCUUUGGCAGUCUCAGUCGGCGACUCUCAUAGUUGUGCAGUGUGUGCAGAUGGUCGGCUCGUCUGCUUUGGGCACGUACCCAAAGGCUUUGAAGGCUGA